AGCCAUCGAAUGAAGUCGGGGUCGUCAAUACACAAAAAGAAACUGAUUGAAGGCGAAGGAUCAUAUGAAAUAAUGCAACGACAUGUGCCAAACAAUGCCCAGGCCUCACUCCCAUAUGAAAGAACAAUGAAGAUAAAUAGCAUUGGCUGA